CCUCCUCCUACUCUCCCUCCCAGGCCACCAGCCUCGGCGGGACCCAGCUUUCGUAUCCCUCCGAGCAUUCCCAAGCGGCCUGGCCCACCAUCUCCCAUCAUUCUCAGUCGCGCACACAGCGUUGGACAUGUGGCGCACAGCUCGGAUGCCAACCGUCCGCCGGCGGCGGCGGCCGCCGCCGCCACAACGUCAACCGGAAUACUGGAGGAUCAGGAAACGGCGCCACCCGCCACUGGGCCACCCUAGAUGCGCGGCGGACCACUAUGGCCACCAUCAUGGGACAGGCGCAUGUAGGACAGGAGGCACCACGCCUACAUCUUUACUGUAGUAUACACAGGCAUCAUAUCGAGCUAGCGCGUCCUCGUGCCUCCGAAUCCGGAGGCGCUCCGCAUCUCUCCACCACCCGGCUCAUCGUCACGCAGUCCACGCGGGGCGCGAGAGAUGUCGAAGGCGUCUUGUGCCCCGCCACCUCCCAUGCCGCCGAGCCACCCGCGGCGGCCUGGCUGCGACGGUCCAGCUUGGGCGUUCAGGGGCACCUGCGGUGCUGGACGCGUUGCGCGAUUGUACGCCGCGGUCGCGGCCGCGCCGGCGGCGAGGCCAGUCCAGAAGCCAGGACCAGACCCCGUGCCGGAGGAGGAGGCGGUAGAGUCGGGGAAGCGCUUGUACGGAGGAGGUGCGUCGCCGCCUGGAUUCGUCCACCACCACCUCCCGUCUCCUCCGCCGCCAGGCCCCCCUCCUCCGCCCGGGCCUCCUCCUCCUCCUCCUCCACCACCACCCCCUGCUCCUCCAUGGCCACCGAGCCGCCGUCCGUCUCCUCCAAACGCGCGGCGGGGCCAAAAGAUCUUGUACAGGACAUAGACCGCGCUGGCGACGAAAGCCCACCAGAUCAGAUUGUCCCAUAUGUCCUUUGAUCCUGCCGUUAGACACCGUUGGCGUCGAUCCAGCCUACCUGCAGCUGGCACACCGCGCGCCUCAAUGGAAGGCACGAGUUCGUACUCGAGCGCACAAGACCCAGCGAGGAUAUCGGAAUCGCCGGGCUUGGCCCAUCCCUCGCAGACGACCUCGAGCUGUCCGAAAGAAAGAGAGGACGGGAGGUCUGCGGUGCAAGCCCACUGCGGCGACACACCGUCAUGCCCCUCCUGCCGGCACUGGACCACGCGUGGGGCGUAUUGGCAGUACUUGCCAUUGCAGGUCAGCUGAGCUGGGUGUUAGUGUGA